AGAAAUUGUUGGCCAAAACAAAAACAAACAACAACAAGACCAGCAAACACACACACACACAACCCCAAACGGAACACACAGACAACAGCCGCCCAUCAUGUCACGACGACCACCCAGAGGAGAAUACAUCGAGACCGACACCGGCAACAAGGUCGCCCGCAAGGCUACUUUGGUCGGCACCCAAAACAUCAUGCUUGGCGGCAAGACAGUCAUCCAGCCCGACGUCAUGAUCCGAGGCGACCUCGCGAGAACAAUUCCACCAGCCCAGUCCGCGUCCGGCGGUCCAGCCAACAACACUGCCGUUGCCAUUGGUCGGUACUGUUUCUUGAGCAGAGGGUGCUGUCUUCGGCCGCCGGGCAGGAUGUACAAGGGAGUCUUCACCUUCAUGCCCCUCCGUCUCGGCGACCACGUCUUUGUCGGCCCCGGUACCGUCGUCCAAGCUGCUCAGAUCGGCAACCACGUCCACAUUGGCGGUAAGGUCGUCAUUGGCGAGUUUGCCAUCAUCAAGGAUUACGUCAAAGUUCUCGACGGCUCGGUUGUCCCUCCGAACAUGGUCAUCCCCAGCUUCAGCAUCGUCGCUGGUCAGCCGGCGCGUAUCAUUGGCGAAAUCCCCGAGGGAGGCAUCGAGGCAUUCGAGUUGAGGGAUUUGUACAAGACAGUGGGGAAUAACCCCCAGCCGACGGCGCCUUGAAGAGCUUUUUUGGUCAUGCCAGCUCUUUGCGAAAAGAAAUACUACAGGAGACCAGGGAUCGCAAAAGGGUAGCGCAUACUCAAAGUGUUGAGGCAUUGGGCCAAGCUGUCUCUACCGCGCAUACGUACUCUGCGGCGCCCCCGUGCCACCCUCCCUCUCCAACCUCAAGAUACUCUCCGCAUUCGCCCUCACGCUCUCUUUUAACCCCGUCCAGCCCUUCUUCUGUCCCACCCUCUUCAACAACUCCUCAGCCCUCUGGUUUGGCACCUCGGUCUGAUCCCACCCCUCCUUCUUUGGCUUUCCAAACUUCUCCGUCCUCUCGGGAAACAUCUCCCCCAACAACCGCGCCACCUCCCCGAAGCUAUACCGCUCGCCAAAGACAAACAAUCUCUCCCUAUCCACCUUUGGACUCGACGCCAGCGCCGCGACGUACACCUUGGCCAUAUCCACGCAAUCCACAAACCACUGCGGUUCCAUCAGGUCGAUGAUAGCCAUGUGCUUGUUCUCCCAAAUCCAAUGGACCAUGCCCAGCGUGCUUGGGAUCCCCUGAUUCUUCGGAUCAAGACACUCGCCUAGUACAGUAUCAAGCAGAACGGUAUUGAACGCAAACCCAGGCUUUUCGCGCUUUACCCACUCCCAAAUCCCCUGCUCAACAAGAGUCUUGAGCGCCAUAAACCCCGCCAUUCCUUUGGUUUUCGGAUCAACAUUCUUAUCCCUGGCCAGGGCCACGGCGUCUUCGUUCCAACUUUGUUCCGUCAGAGUCACCUUCUUGCUAGCAUCAGGCAUCCAAAGCGCCCACGCCGAAGAAGUAAAAACAAAACUCUUGACGGUCCCUGCCCGCCUAGCAGCCUCCAACAAACCAACCUGCCACUCCAACUCCUCUUGAGCAGCGCUGUCCGACUCCUGGAUAGUCAAGUCCGUGGCUCCCACGCAGUGCACGAUCCCUGCCACUCCCUUCACGGCGUCAUCCCAGGCGUUGGGGGCCGUGACAUCGGAAAUCUCGACGAGUUCGAAUUUUCCCGGGCCUCCAUGGCGGUGGGAGUAGAGGGACGUAAGGUAGGAGCAUUUGUCGGGGUUGCGAACAGUGCCGCGGACGCGGUAGCCUGCUGCGAGGAGUUGGUCGGCGACGUGCGAGGCUAGGAGGCCGUUGCAGCCUGUUACGAGGAUGAGGGAGUUGAGGGGGAUGGAGGGGUUGGUGAGCGAGAUCUUGGACUGGGAAGAGGACUUGGUGGUCUUGGAGGGGGACAUGUUGAUGUUGAGGUUUGGUGUGAGGAACUUGUUGGAUACGAGUUGGGCUUGAGUCGUUUGGGACAAAUAUGGAGGUUUGCGUUGGGUUUACGUUGUGUUUGCAAUGUAUAUGAAGGGUCUUGAUGGAUGAUCGAAAACAAGGCAGGGGUACUGGGCAGAAGAAAUACCCCAGAAGGACGGAGAAAGUCACCACCACGCUGGCUUACAAACAGUCAUCCUCGCAGACCGGACGACCCCGAGAACGAGUCCGUAGCGGACUGCGUGUCGGACAGCCUGCCCAGUUCCUGCCGGUUCCCGCUUCUGUCAUACGCGAGACGCGCCAUGCGGCGUGCAAGUAGCUCGGUAUUCGGACCGGGAUGGAUGUCGAUGCAAUGCCUCUAAGACAGCUGGUUUCCUGUUGUCCGAGGGUCAAUGCAUCGAUCCGAUCUCCUCACUCCACGUCUUGGUGUUCAGCAAGUCAACAACCGGGCUAUCGAUGAUUGGAAGCAAGCUGUGUUGGUUCCCAGUUCUUAGAUAACUUGGCAGGUGAGCGAACAGCUCUUAGAUGGACUAUUCAACCCAUAAUGUUGUUAAUAACGUUCAUCCUCUGACUCUCUCGUCCGUCACCUUUGCCGUCUUCUAUUGACUCUCGGAAAAAAAGCUUGCAAUCUUGUUGCCUGGUGAUAUUGUUUAAAAUAUAUAUAGAUAUAUAUAUAUAUAUUUUUUCCGGCUCGACCAAUAUCUGGACGAGCCUUGAAC